AUGGGAGAUAACGUAAAUGAAAACAAUAAUGGAAAUAGAGGUUUCGAAGGAACAAACCCGCCGAUUGUCAGCACAACAAUUAAUGCUGACAAUUUUGAAUUCAAGCCUAUGAUGUUUCAGAUGAUAAACAACAAUGGUCUCUUUGGAGGCAUGCCUAGUGAUGAGCCUUUGUCCCAUCUGCGUUCCUUUAACCAGAUGUGUAAUAAUUUCAAACAAAGAGGCAUGACGACUGAUGCAUUUAGGCUAAGAUUAUUUCCUUACACACUACAAGGGAAAGCUCGAGACAGGUUUGAUUCUUUGCCUUCUGAUUCCAUCACCACUUGGGAGGAAUUAAGAGAAAAAUUCCUACAGAGAUUUUUCCGACCCACUCAAAAUGCAAAUCUAAGAAACGCCAUCACAUCAUUCCGACAAAUGGAUGGUGAAUCAUUAUGGGAAGUGUGGGAGAGAUGGAACAAUUUGCUAAGAAAAUGUCUAGCACAUCGACUCCCUGAUGAUGUGAAACUUGAGACAUUUUAUCAAGUGCCCACAGAUAGGGUACAUGCAAGUGGUUCGAAAGGAAGUACAUCGGCUGAAGUUCGCCUUGUAGCUCAAAAUGAUGAAUUAGCAGCUGUGUUGGCUUCGAUCAAAAGUAUGAUGAAGAAUAUGAUGUCAAGCAGUGGGAUGAAAGAGAAGAAGGUUGACUUUUGUGCGGUUUGUCAAGGAGUCCAUGAUUAUAGUGAUUACCCACAGAAUCUUGAAUUUGUGUUUUUCAUAUAUAGACAAAAUUUCCCAAGGCAAAACAAUCUAUAUUCUGAAACAUACAAUCCAGGAUGGAGAAAUCAUCCUACUUUCUCAUGGUGCGGACAACAACAACAACAUAUACAACCUCAGCAAGAGCAGUUUCAGCAAAGGCCUCAAAACCCACCUGGGUUUUAUCAAAUGCCAAAUCAGCAAGUGAGACCACAAGGAGGUGCAUUCCACCAGGCAUCAGGAAGUAGUUCAAAACUAGCAUCACCUUCAUCAAAUCAAGAGAUGUCACCUUUCAAGAAGGAGAUGAUGGAGUUUAUGAUCAAACAAGAUCAAAAGACCGAGGCACGUGAAAAGAAUCAAGCAAUUGCUAUGAGAAAUUUAGAAAAUCAAAUAGGGCAAUUAGUAUAA